AUGAUUGACCCAAGUUCUUCUGAAGAAGAAGGAGAUGAAGAACAAGGAAACCAUCAUCAAACCCAUGAACCCAUACGAUCUCACAGUCAUGUAAAACAAAUCCACAGCCACCCAACCCCAAGCCAACUUCAUACCAAUGGUGCUUCUAAUUUGGAGGUGCCUGGUAGUACUAGUUUGCCUAGAUCUGUUUCUCCAGUAAGUGCUGUUUCAUCAGAAACUUUAAGUGUUAGGGCUAAUUCUCUCCCAAGACCAGCUAGUCCAAGUCCUUCAAUUGUCAGUGAAAAAAAUGAAGUUGAUCUUCAGGAUAAACAGGAGCGGCAGGAAGAAGAAAGAAAGCGCCGUAUUCAGCUUUACGUUUUCAUAUCUCGGUGUAUAGCCUAUCCUUUUAAUGCCAAGCAGCCGACUGAUAUGACUCGACGUCAAAUGAAAAUCACGAGGCAACAACUGGAAACGAUUCAAGGAAGAUUUCAAGCGUUUUUAAAAGGUGAUACACAAAUAAUGGCCGAUGAAGCUUUUCAAAAUGCCGUUCAAAGUUACUAUGAUAUUUUUUUAAAAUCUGAAAGAGUAGCCAAAAUGGUUAUGUCAGGUGCCUGUUCACAGCAUGAUUUCCGUGAAGUUUUUCGAAAUAAUAUAGAAAAAAGAGUGAGGUCACUUCCAGAAAUAGAUGGUUUAAUUGGAGAUGAUGAUUCAAAGAGGCCAUCAAGAAUGCAACAGCAAUCACUCAACAGUGAAUUAAUUUUGUCAAAAGAACAACUUUACGAUAUGUUUCAGCAAAUAUUAGGAGUGAAAAAAUUCGAACAUCAAUUAUUGUUUAAUGCAUUACAAUUGGAUUCGGCUGACGAACAAGCUGCUGCCAUUCGUCGUGAAUUAGAUGGUCGAAUGCAAAAAGUUUCAGAAAUGGAAAAAAAUCGAAAAUUAAUGCCUAAAUUUGUUUUGAAAGAAAUGGAAUCUUUGUACAUUGAAGAAGUAAAAUCAUCCAUUAAUUUAUUAAUGGCUAAUUUGGAAUCUCUUCCCGUUUCAAAAGGAUCACUUGAUUCAAAAUAUGGAUUACCGAAACUCAAAAAAUAUAAUCACAGAUCGCAGGGUUCAUUGGCCAAAUUAGAAGGUGAUGUCGCCGACACUGACACUCAACUUACCAAAAUGGAUGUCGUACUUACUUUUCAACUCGAAGUUGUGGUGAUGGAAGUUAAAGGUCUUAAGUCGUUGGCGCCUAAUAGAAUAGUUUAUUGUACAAUGGAAGUUGAAGGUGGUGAAAAACUUCAAACGGAUCAGGCUGAAGCCUCAAAACCUAUGUGGGAUACUCAAGGAGAUUUUACAACCACUCAUCCAUUGCCAGCGGUAAAAGUUAAAUUGUACACCGAAAAUGUAGCCAUGUUAGCCAUAGAAGAUAAAGAGUUAGGAAAGGUGACGUUAAAACCCACUCCGUUAUCUUCUAAAGUACCAGAAUGGCAUAAGAUGACCGUCCCGAAAAAUUUACCAGAUCAAGAUCUUCGUAUAAAAAUUGCCUGCCGAAUGGAUAAGCCUUUAAAUAUGAAACAUUGUGGUUAUUUGUAUGCAUUGGGAAAAUCCGUGUGGAAAAAAUGGAAAAAACGUUAUUACGUUUUAGUUCAAGUAUCACAAUAUACUUUUGCCAUGUGUAGUUACAAGGAAAAAAAAUCAGAGCCUUCUGAAAUGAUGCAACUUGAUGGUUAUACAGUUGAUUAUAUCGAAGCCGGAAGUGAUUUGGAAGGAGGAAGAUUUUUCUUUAAUGCCGUGAGAGAAGGCGAUAGUAUUUUAUUUGCUUGCGACGAUGAAAAUGAAUGUCAUUUAUGGGUUAUGGCAAUGUAUCGUGCAACUGGACAAAGCCAUAAACCGACACCUCCGAUCACAACAACAGCUAUUACUAUAUCUAAAAUUCAAGGAGAUGCAGACAGAGCUCGUAAACACGGAAUGGAAGAAUUUAUUUCUGCCGAUCCUUGCAAAUUCGAUCAUGCCGCUCUAUUUAAAACAUUGCAAACCUUAACACUUGAUUAUCGAUUAAACGAUCCUUAUUGUUCUUUGGGAUGGUUUAGUCCUGGUCAGGUAUUUGUUUUGGAUGAAUAUUGCGCCAGGUACGGAGUGAGAGGUUGUUAUCGUCAUUUAUGUUAUCUAAGCGAUUUAUUGGACAGAGCCGAAAAGAGUAUCAUGAUUGAUCCAACUUUAAUUCACUUUAGUUUUGCCUUUUGCGCUAGUCACGUUCACGGUAACAGGCCGGAUGGCGUUGGUACCGUCACACACGAAGAAAAAGAAAAAUUUCAAGAAAUCAAAGACAGACUUCGAAUCUUGUUGGAAAAUCAAAUAACUAAUUUCCGAUAUUGUUUUCCAUUUGGACGACCCGAAGGUGCUUUGAAAGCUACCCUUUCCCUUCUGGAAAGAGUUUUGAUGAAGGAUAUCGUAACACCAAUACUACCGGAAGAAGUUAGAGGAAUGAUAAAGAAAAGUUUAGAAACUGCUGCUCUUGUUAAUUAUACAAGAUUAUCUGGAGAAGCUAAAAUAGAAGAGGAUCUUAACGGUGAAACGAUGGUAACCCCAAGUAAAAAAUUAGAAGAUCUCAUACAUUUGGCCGAAUUGUGCGUUGAUCUUUUACAACAAAAUGAAGAACAUUAUGCUGAAGCUUUUGCUUGGUUUAGUGAUCUUUUGGUCGAACAUGCUGAAAUAUUUUGGUCACUAUUUGCUGUUGAUAUGGAUCAGGUACUGGCUGAACAACCACCGGAUACCUGGGAUUCAUUUCCACUUUUUCAAAUAUUAAAUGAUUAUCUUCGAACUGACGACAAUUUAAAAAACGGUCGUUUUCAUCAGCAUUUAAGAGAUACUUUUGCACCUUUGGUUGUACGUUACGUCGAUCUUAUGGAAUCCUCAAUCGCACAAUCCAUUCAUAAAGGUUUCGAAAAGGAAAGAUGGGAAAUAAAAGGUAACGGUUGUGCGACAUCAGAGGAUUUAUUUUGGAAAUUGGAUGCCUUACAAUCUUUCAUACGUGAUCUUCAUUGGCCGGAUCUUGAAUUUCGUCAACAUUUUGAACAACGUUUAAAAUUAAUGGCCUGCGACAUGAUUGAAUCUUGCAUUCAAAGGACCGAUGCUGCUUUUCAACAAUGGUUGAAAAAAGGUGUUACUUUUAUAUCAACCGAUUAUAUAAUACCAUCUGAAAUGUGUGCCAUGGUUAAUGUUAUUCUAGAUGCAAAAAAUCAAUCGAUUAAACUUUGCGCCGUGGACGGUGUGGAUGUGCAUCAAUACCACACUAAAAUAGAUGACAUGAUUGAAAAAACAUCGACCGGUAUGACACAGGGGAUGAUUGCUAAACUCAUGUCUGUUUUAGAAGCUACCCUAUCAAAAUUAGGGAGAUACGAUGAGGGUUCGUUAAUUGGUUCGAUAUUGAGUUUUACGAAUGUUUCGGGUUCUGGAAAAGAUAUGGGCCAAGCCUAUGUCAACUUUACAAGAAAUUGUAUGGAUCAAAUAAGAAGUAAAGUUAACGACGAGUUAUGGAUACUUAAUUUUUUCGAGCAAUGGUACAUGGGUCAAAUUCAAAUAAUUUGCAAUUGGCUAACGGAAAGAAUCGAUCAUUCCCUUCAUUUGUAUCAAUGCACUUGCCUUGCCGUUAUCGUGAAAAAACUUUAUUCGGAUUUCGAAUUACAAGGUGUCAUGGAAGACAAAUUGAAUUCUAAAAUAUAUCAAACUGUUUCGCAAAGAAUGCAAACCGAAGAAGCCACUUGCGCUUUAUCGAUGCCUCACGGAGGAGGAGACGAAGAAAAACCGACGGUCACCAUACGGGAAACAUUGGGAACCGGUGAUGACGCAAACGUUGUUUCAAAAUUAACAAACGUGACGUCAAACGUUGUUGGAAAAGUUGGGAACAUGUUUGAAAAAGGCAUUGGAGGCCUUUCGACAAAAUUUACAGGAGGAAGUUGGUUCUAG